AUGCAAAAUGUCAUUAUAAAUGCAGAUCCAUAUCUUGAAUACGAUUUUGAUAAAUGCAAGUUUGAAAAUUAUGGAAUUUUUGCUUAUUAAUAUAAUUUAUGUUAAAUUAAUAAACCUGACAAUUGCAAAGUUUCUUUUGUAAAUAUUUGUUAGAUUUGCUAUGAUAACUAUGAACUAUCCUAGAAUAACUUAUGUAUUCCUUAAUGUGGAAAUGGAAUAAUUUAAGAAUAUGAAAUAUGUGAUGAUGUAAAUUCACUAUAGUUUGAUGGGUGUUAUUAGUGUUAAAAUAGUUGCCAAGUAGAAUGCUUACAAUGUAAUAAUACUCAGUGUUUUAAAUGUAUUGAAGGGUGGAAUUUGAUUAAUUUUAAAUGUAUUGCAGAAUGUGGUGAUGGUUUAGUUGCAUUGAAUUCUUAGGAAUAAUGUGAUGAUUAAAAUGAUGAGAGUAAUGAUGGAUGUUAUGAAUGUAAAUUUGAAUGCGAUUUAAAUUGCCUAUUCUGCAAUCAUAAUUUAGAUUGUCUACAAUGUCAAAACCAUUUUCAUGUUUAGAAUUUAGUUUGUAUUCCUGUAUGUGGAGAUGGAAUAAUAAUUGAAGGAUUUGAGCAAUGCGAUGAUGGGAAUAUUAUUGAGAAUGAUGGUUGUCAUUAAUGUUAGUUCUCUUCUAAGAAUAUUUGUGAACAUGGUUAUUAUUUUAUUGAUCUUUAUUGCCAAUCAAUUUGUGGAGAUACCAUAAUUGCAUCUAAUGAAUAAUGUGAUGAUGGUGAUGAAUUACCCUUUGAUGGAUGUUAUAAUUGUGAAUUUUCUUGUUCAUAAAAUUGUUUUGAUUGUGUUGAUGGAAAAUGUUUAAAAUGCGAGAAUGGUUAUUAAAUUAUGAAUGGUCUUUGCAUUGAUAUUUGUGGAAAUGGGUAUAAAUCUGGACAAGAAGAAUGCGAUGAUAAUAAUCAAAUUUCACGAGAUGGAUGCUCUGAUGUAUGUGAAAUUGAAAUAAAUUGGACAUGCUCAAGGAUUAAUUUUUAAACCAGUUCCUGCUUUUACAUUAAACCUCCUCAUUUCAGCUUAAUAUUACUCAAUCAAAUUUAUGAUUCCUACUAUGUAUAGUUGAAAAUUUCAAGCAAUGUUAAAUUAGAAGAUUCCUAGUCUAAUUUCACAUAAAGUUUGAAGGCUCAUCUUAAUGAUAUUGAUCCCUCUCAUUACAUAAUUUAUCAAAAAGUUUUAGUUGAGCCAAAUUUCGUCAUAUGUUAAAAUAUCAACUACAUCUUUUAGAUUAGAUUUUUACAAAUAGAAACUAGUGAAUUAUACUUUUAGGUCUAGUUUGAGACAUCCUUAAUUGACUAAUAUGGAAUUUAAGUUGAAAAUUCAAUUUUUAAACUACAUUUAAGGAAUCUUAUAGUUAUAACUCAAUAGUAAAAAAUUUCCUCUUAAAAAAUGAGUUCAUUCAAUAUGUAUAUGCUUAUUGGUCUGGCUAUAUCUAGCUUUAUCAUUCUAUUAUCUGGUAAUCCCACUGAAUGCUUAGAAAUAUUGGACGCAUUGCAGUAUUAGUCUAAUUUAAAAUAUAUCAAUUCGAAUUAUCCAGAGAUGGUAGUUAUUUUUUUUGA